UGUAGGAUUUACGUUUUCACACGGAAUUAUUUCCGUGUAGUACAUACACAAAUGCAACAUUUCUGUUGAGCAUGGCUGCUACAGGUCAUUUAAAUAGGUUGAGUUGUUUAUUUACACGGUUUUCAACUGUAACUCAACUGAAACACUGCACAGGCGUUGUGCCUGUCCUUCACAAGUCAACUAUCCGUGGACCUUCCAUUGAUGAUGAUUGUAAGGUGGAAAUUGGUGUGACAUCUGAUGGGAAGACCAUAGUGUGCUACCAUCCCUCUGAGGAUGUUCCUUAUGAACUUACCCAGCCCAUUCUACGGCCAGACCCCCUGACCAAUCCGGCAGAGACACAUGACCAGGUGCUGAAGGCCCACCUCGGCAGGGAGGUGCUGCAGAACAAACAGGCCCCCACCAUCGAGGAGCUGAGCAAAAUGUUUCACACCACCAAGCACCGCUGGUACCCAGUGGGACAGUACCAUACACGACGCAGAAAGAGAGAUCCCCCAAAAGACCGAUAGUUGUUAAGGAGUUUCUUACCUUCAGAAUCAUUGAUACCUUACAUAAUUAUUAGCUUGGCUCACCCUCCAAAUACCAAACUGUUUUUGGGUGUAAUUAAUUGUGCUGUAAAAUAAAAUUAACAUAUCUGAAGUUG